UCCACUCCCCCAUGUCCCCCCUUAGAACAUGGAUGAAAUUAUGGUAGAUGUCCACACUACUAUAUAAGACCUCCCUCUCUGUAAACCCUCUCAUACAUCACACACCAAAUUUACUCUAAUUUCCACCAUUCUACAUUUUAUUCUUGCUACCCUAUUUUUAGGCUACAACUUUUUGAUCACUUGAUCCCCAUAAGGCCAUUCCACAUUUAGAGUGAGAAAACAAGAAUGGAGAUUGAAUUGGUCAAGUGUGAGUGUUGUGGCCUUAAAGAAGAUUGUACUCAGGAUUACAUUAAUGAAGUGAAGUCGAAAUUCGAAGGCAAAUGGCUAUGCGGAUUGUGCUCAGAAGCUGUGAGAGAUGAGCUGAGCAGAGGGAACUCCAAGGCAUUUGAUGUGGAGGACGCUAUGAAAGCACACAUGUCGUUUUGUGGAAGAUAUAAAUCAAAUCCGGCUAUUCGGGUGGCUGAUGGGAUGAGACAGAUGCUACGUAGACGGUCUGACAUGUCGUCAGGCUCGUCGGGUUCUUCAAAAAAGUAUUCGAGAUCAUCCAGCACCUCGCAAGUAGGAGAUGAUUCUUCCUUCUCUUAUUACUAGCUAGAAAAAUGGUAAGGAAUGAUGAGAUGACCCUGUUGUUGAAAUAAGCUGACUGAAAAAUGAAAUAUAAGAGCUUUUUCUGGCUUUCAUGCAACUUGUUUUGUACAUAGGAUGUUUAUUUCAAUGCAAGCUUAAUGUUAUCAAGUUUCAAAUU